AUCGUUUUCUGUUUACCAAAAACGUAAUUUUUUGUUUAUGAAUUCUUAUCUACUCAUACGUCAAAAAAUAUAUGUUAGCAUGGCCAGGCUUUUGAACGGAUAAUUGAAGUAGGGUUAAAUUUCUACUAAAGUCAUCAAAAUAGCUUAAAAUGGCGUUACAGAAGGUAAAAGAGAGUGAUAUGGUCGUGUCUGUGGUUGACAACAAAUCGAAAGUAGUGACGAAAGCAAAGAAAAUAUUGGAUGAAGACACGUACACAGAGGAAAUAACAAAGAUCAUUGAAAGAGAUUUUUACCCCGAUUUACCAAAACUUGAUGCCCAAGCGGAAUAUUUGGAAGCUUUAGAGAAGAAUGAUUUGAUUACAUUACGGAAAAUACAAAUGAAAUAUGGUCCUUCCAGACCUGGUACCGCAAGUUCUUCACAAUAUUUAUCUCCAGCAACAUUUGAAACACCAGAUCCAAGUCAAAGAAAUUCCUCUCCAAAACUUAAAACUAAAGAUGGAGACGUCGAUCCUUCUGCUCCUCCCGAUUUACAUCCAGUUAAUCCUGAAAUUGAAAAGUCAAAUAUUGGUACAUACUUGGAAGUCAGUGAAAGUCGCAGGUUAGGUCUAGAUAAAUUUUUCAGUAAGAAUACAAGUGAAGAUAAUGCAGCGUUUGAUGAAAUAUUAAGAGAAUCGGAUCGUAAACAUCGAGCCAAGCAUGCCUGGUUAUUUAAUAAAGAAGGAGAACAAAUGAAGGAGCACGAAGAGAAGUUAGCGUUACCAUCAAUAGAGAAACAGGCUAUAUUAAAUGUAGAUAAAAGUUCUGUUGAUACAUGGAAAUAUAAAUCAGAUAAUUCACUCAUGUACGUUCCUGAUGGUGUGGAACUCAGUGAAAAAGAAAUUAUUGAAGAUAAAAAGUUUAAACCCAGAGAGAUAGUGCAUGAAAAUACUCGAUUUCAAUUCACCCCUUACAACCUUCAUAAAAAUAAACAGAUAAUGCAACAAGCUGCAGUUUCUAAAGCAUUGGUGAAUCAAGGGAAGAUCGGCCAUGACGGUAAAGAGUUAUCAGCCGGUCAAACACCUAGAGUGAAUGGAUAUGGUUUUAUGGCCACGCCCUCUCCUGCCCCAGGUGUUGAAGAGUCACCUUUAAUGACCUGGGGAGAGAUAGAGGGUACUCCGCUAACUCUAGACACAGGCCUUACUCCCUGCAAUACAUCUGGACCAGUAUUUAAGAUUCCAAUAAUACCAGCAAGAGAUCAGCUUGCCUUAGAUUUGGCAGAAAAAGCCAGUAAAACUCAUCGAGCUAAGAAAGAAGCUGCAUUAAAACAAGUUACAAGAAACUUAUCUAGUCCAUCUCCAAAGUUCAGCCUUUCAUCUACCGACCGCCUAAAUUCCUUGUCUCCUGCUGCUCAAAGAUUAGCAAGUAAAAAGCUUGGAAUCCGAACACAUACAGAUAAAGCCUUAAAGGACAGUUAUACUCCUUCUCCAUCUCAUAGACUAUCGGGUGAUAAGACGCCCAUUUUACGUGGCACUCCAACCAGAACACCCAAAUCUGUUAGAUCUGUGAUGGUAGCCAGUCCCAAAACACCUGUAACUCCCAAAUCAACUGGAACACCAAAACAUUCAGGAGCUGAUAUCAGUUCCUUAACAGAUAAUUUACUACAAUUGCCUAAAAGAGCAAAAGCAUCAGAAUUUUUCUGAAUUCAAUGUGAAAUAUGUGGAUAGUUUAGGGAUCGGCAACACUUUAAUAGAGUAGAUAUAUAUGGACAACCCAAUCAGAUCUGAGUAACUACAGGAUCAUAAGAUGUUGCCGGUGGAAAGAAAAUAUGAGGAUGCAAAAUGGAUAAGAAUUUACUUAUUUAUUGACUGGAAUGUUCUAUGUGUGUGGAUUAAUCCAGAAACUCAAAUACAAACUAUUUCUUGUCUUUUUUUGAGGGGGGGGGG